UCUACGAAACAUAUGUUCUAAUCUAAAUGUCAGUGUCUCUGAAGAGCAGCAGCACUCUAAUUUCUUAAGGUAUAUUAAACAAAAAUUUAAAACUUUAAAAGAAUGUGAGCACAAUGUAAUAUUAAUGAUGGAUGAAAUUCAUCUAAAACCUUUUUAUGAUUUUAAAGGUGGCAAUAUUGUUGGUUCUGCAUAUGACAGUGCAUUUGCUGCUUCUUCAGCAUAUACAUUUAUGAUUAGAAGCUUAUUAUCAUCUUACAAAGAUGUUGCUCACAUCCUGCCAAUAAAAUCAUUUAGUGCAGAAAAAUUGUUUGAAAUUUUAAGAGAUGUAAUUGUAGGUCUUGAAAAGAUGUCCUUCUUUAGUGAGAAGCAUGAAAUUAAAAUUAUGUACCAAAAUCCAUAUGAACCACACAGACCCCUUUUUUUUUUUUUUGUCAUUGAUCCUGUUCAUUUGUUAAAAUGUAUUCGUAACAAUUGGAUUGGCCAAAAAAAUGAUGGCUUGUUUAUGUAUUUUCCUAAAUUUAAUGCUGUUGGCAGUGAAGAAUUUAAUGCAGCCUCAUUUAAUACUAUAAGAAAACUACAUGAUCUUGAAUUUGAUAGUUUAAUUAAAUAUGGGUAUGGUUUAACUCUUAAAGCUUUAUGGCCUUCAAAUCUUGAAAGGCAGAAUGUUAAAUUAGUUUUACAAGUGUUUAAUAACUGGGUAAUCACAGCCUUAACAGAACUAGGUAAUAAACACAAUUUGGAUAGUUAUGAAUCAACAGCUAAUUAUAUAGAUAUAAUUUAUAAAUGGUGGUGUAUAGUAAAUACCAAAACACCUCUUAAAGGCAAACGACUGAAAUGUUCUUUUCAAGAACCACUGAUAUUUUCAAAUGUAGACUCAAAUGUUGAGUAUUUAAAUAACUUUGUAAACUGGUUGGACAAAUGGAAAGAUGCAAAAUGCACUACUGGUUGCUUGUCAAAAGAAACUCAUGAUGCUCUGAGAAACACAACAUAUGCACUUAUUGAAUUGGGCAAGUAUUGCAUUAAAGAGCUAGGCAUGAAUUAUUUUUUACCUGGUAAAAUACAAACAGAUUUGUUAGAAGAUCGUUUUGGCAAGUAUCGCCAACUUUCUGGUUCGCAAUACUGUAUUUCCAUUAGACAGGUUUAUGAAUCUGAGUCAAAAUUACGAAUGCAAAGCUUAUUACCUUUAAAGCUUAAUUCAAGUACUUUUGGAAAUAUUGCUAUUGAAAUAAAUGAAAGGAAUGAUUGUGAGGAGGAAAACAUUGAUUUAUCCCUUGUGGAAACUUUUUCUCUUGUAGUAUCUGAAAACGACAUGAUAGAAGCUCAGCCAUAUGUUCCCAUAUUAACUUAUAUAGCUGGUUAUUGCCUUUAUUCUACCUUUAAAAAAUAUCCAUGUGAAUUUUGUAAAAUGACUUGUGUUAUUGAUAGGGAACUCAAUAUCCCUUCCGAAUUUAAUUUAAUCAGAAAAUUAGAUAGGGGUGGCCUUUUGUAUCCUAUGCCUCAUGUUUUAAAUAUUGUUUUAUAUAAUUUUAUUGUAGUACAAAAACUUGUAUCUCAAGAGUUUGAAAGUAAGUUUUUAAAACACCCUGCUCAAAGAAAUUUAGCUGUAAAUUUAACUCUGAAUGCUUUGAUGUCAAAUGAGGAUUUGGAUAUUGAACCAUGUGUAAAAGGCCAUUCCUUUGAUCCCAUAGCUGAAAAUAUAAUCAAAUCCUCUACAAACACGAUGUUAAACAACUAUUGUAAACAAAAAAAAAAAAGAUUUAAAAAAACCUGCUUGUAAAAAAAGAAAAUUAUCAACUUUGAUAAAGUAAAUAAAAAAGUAAUUUACAGUUAGUCUUAAAAAGUAUCUAACUUGUUUUAAUAAUAAUGUCUAAAAAUGCAACAAAAGUAUAUAAAAGUUUAGUAGUAACUUCCUGAACUUUAAAGACAUGUCUGCAAUUUUCUAAUAGCUUCAAAACAGAUUUUUUUUUCCAUUCUAAAUUUUUU